AAGGACAUAAAGAAGGCUACUGUUCAAGCAGUAAGCCCGCUGUAUCAAAGCCUUUCAAGCAAUGGAAGCCCAAAGAGAACAUGAAGACGAAUGGCAUUUACCAUGUUCGCAACGUCGGAAGGAAACGCAAAUUCGUCUCGGUCGAGCUCAACGGGGUAGCAGUCAAGCUUCAGCACGACUCGGCGUCCGAUAUCACCAUCAUUUCGAACGAAACAUGGGUUACCAUCGGACGGCCACCCACUCAACCGACCGAUGAAUCUGCUGUCACAGCGUCUGGUAGUGAUUUGAAUCUCCUCGCAGAGUUUCAAGCCGAAAUCACUAUCAAUAACGUGACCAAGACAGGGCGCAUUUUCAUCUCUGAUAGCGCCGAUCUCAACGUUUUGGGAAUCGAUACUAUUGAUCUGUUUGAUCUGUGGUCCGUACCGAUUAACAGCUUGGUCAACGUCGUACAUCAAAACUCUGACCAAUACGUUGAUCGCCUCAAGCACCAGUUCCCGGAGGUAUUUCGAAGCACGCUGGGUAGAUGCACAAAAGCGCAAGUGAAAUUAUACUUGAAGCCUGAUGCCCGUCCAUGCUACUGCCCGAAGCGACCAGUGGCGUAUGCGGCUCUUCCCAAAGUAGAUGCGGAACUCGAAAGGCUCGCAACAAACGGUAUAAUUUCUCCAGUUCAAUUCUCGGACUGGGCAGCACCAAUAGUCGUCGUACGGAAAUCGGACAAUGUUUCGGUCCGUGUAUGCGGUGAUUAUUCUACGGGGCUGAACAACGCGCUGGAAUGUGACCGUCAUCCUCUACCUCAUCCUGACGAUCUUUUCGCGGAGCUGGCUGGGGCUCGCUAUUUCACACAUCUUGACUUAUCAGACGCCUAUCUACAAGUUGAGGUCGAGGUGGAAUCGCGCAAGCUGCUUACCGUGAAUACACAUCGCGGCCUUUUCCAGUACAACCGACUUCCUCCCGGAGUCAAGUCGGCACCUGGCGCUUUCCAACGCAUUAUCGACAGCAUGGUGGCUGGCAUUUCUGGAGUGAAACCCUACCUUGAUGAUAUCUUCAUUGCUGGUCGCACCAAAGAGGAGCACGAUCGUAUCCUCUAUGCUGUUCUCGAACGCGUCCGUGAGUAUGGUUUCCAUUUACGUCUUGAAAAAUGUCGUUUCGCGCUUCCCCAGAUCGGUUUCCUUGGAUUGAUCGUGGACAAGGACGGUGUUCGGCCUGACCCGUCCAAAACAGAAGCCAUUGCCAAGAUGCCACCCCCGAAGGACGUGAAGCAACUUCGCUCCUACCUCGGAGCUAUCAACUAUUAUGGUCGAUUCGUUCCGCAGAUGAAGCACCUCAGGGCUCCCCUGGAUGACCUGCUGAAAAAGGAUGCUCGCUGGAACUGGACAAAAGAGUGUCAGAAAUCUUUUGAGCAGUUCAAGACCAUUUUACUCUCCGACCUGCUGCUUACUCACUAUGACCCAUCUAAGGAGAUCAUCGUCGCGGCAGACGCAUCGAAGUAUGGUCUUGGCGCUGUCAUCAUGCAUCGUUUCCCGACCGGUGAGGUGAAGGCAAUCGCACAUGCUUCUCGCUCACUGACGGCAGCGGAAAUGAACUACGGUCAAGUGGAAAAGGAGGCAUUAGCGUUGAUAUUCGCUGUUACCCGUUUCCACAAGAUGCUGUACGGACGGCAUUUCACUCUCCAAACCGAUCAUCAACCGCUGCUCAAAGUUUUUGGCUCGAAAAAAGGAAUACCAGUUUACACAGCCAAUCGUCUGCAACGAUGGGCUUUGACACUUCUCCUGUAUGACUUCGAGAUCAAGCACAUCUCGACGAUGAAUUUCGGCUACGCAGACUUCCUGUCCCGGCUGAUGUCAUCACAGCGCAGACCAGAUGAGGAUUAUGUCAUAGCUGCCGUCUAUGUCGAAUCCGAAGCAAAGGCGAUUCUCGAAGACUCCAUCAACAAUCUGCCAGUUACACAUCAGAUGAUUGUGGCUGAGACACGUAAGGAUGCUGUUCUGCAGCAAGUGAUUAGUUACAUCAAUGAAGGAUGGCCAGCAAGCGUGAAGCUAAUCACCGAUCCUGAUGUGAAGAAGUUCUUUGUCAGACGUGAGGGACUUCAAGUCGUCGAUAACUGCGUCAUGUUCGGCGAUCGAAUCGUCAUUCCAUCAAAAUUCCGGAAGCAAAUCGUCCGCCAGCUACAUCGUGGACACCCAGGAAUGGAGCGGAUGAAGUCUCUGGCUCGCAGCUACAUUUACUGGCCGAAUGUCGACGAUGAUGUGGCGCAAUUCGUUCGUCAGUGUAAUGCAUGUGCCGAAGCAGCGAAGGCCCCGACGAAAGCAACUUUGGAAUCAUGGCCUCUCCCGGACCGGCCGUGGCAACGAGUACACGUCGAUUUCGCUGGCCCAAUCGACGGACAUCACUAUUUCGUGAUUGUAGAUGCCUACUCUAAGUGGCCCGAAAUUUUUCGCACUAGAUCCAUCACCACGACAACAACUUUGGAACUUCUUCGUGAAACAUUUUCCCGUUACGGCAAUCCAGACACGCUAGUCUCAGAUAAUGGAACGCAGUUUACGAGCGGACAGUUUCAACAGUUUUGCGGUGAGAAUGGCAUCAUCCAUAUUCGUACUGCUCCAUACCAUCCGCAGUCGAAUGGCCAAGCUGAACGUUUCGUGGAUUCCCUCAAACGCGGCCUUAAGAAGAUAGGUAACGGGGAAUCACCAACAUUACAGCAUCUACAGACGUUUCUUUCAGUGUACCGAUCAACACCCAACCGGAAUACACCUAAGGGAACAUCUCCAGCCGAAGCGUUUUUAAAAAGAACGAUGCGCACUACUUUGGAUCUGUUGAGGAAACCAUUCCCUCCAACUGCAGCCGUUAAUCACAAACAAAAUGAACAAUUUAACAAACGGCAUGGAGCGGUCAAGCGUUCAUUUGUGGAGAAUGACUUGGUGUAUGUUGAACAACACGUACACAACAAAAAGUCGUGGGUUCCUGGUCGAGUCAUUGAACCAAAAGGAUCCGUUAACUAUGUCGUGUCGCUUGACUUGCAUGGAAGACAGAAGCUGGUUAGAUCGCAUGUCAACCAAAUGCGUUCUCGCUAUGGUUCCGAAACCCCUGGGCAAGAACAACAACAACUUCCAUGGGAAGUUUUAUUAGAAGAAGUUGGUACUACUGCUGCAGUGAAACCAGCCGGCAAUCAUGUUGCUGUUAGUUUGAACUCUACGAUGCCAGCUGAUGUUCCUGUUUUUGAAAACCCGCCAACCGAUUUUAACCCGCCAACAACCAAUGAACAAGCAUCUGCAUCAGCGUCGGAAUCCAUUGCAUCCGAAUCCGUCACAGCCGAAUCUAUCGCAUCUGAAUCCGUCGCAUCCGAAUCCAUCGGAAGCUUACUACGUCGUUCCGUACGAACACCGAGAAUCCCUCGAUGGCUCUCAUCAUACGACCUUUAUUAAAAAGGGGGAGAUGUAGUAGGCUAUGACUACGAAACAGUGCAUUUUGCCUCAGCAGAAUUUCGUUUCCUAGGCAUAGUAGCCUAUGCCUUCUUUAGUAAUAAAUCAGUUCAUAGUUAACCACCAAACGAGCAAGUUGGUUUUUAUUUGCUCUCCAUUUGAACUGUAACAACCUCAAUGCUUUUGUUCAUUGGUGUUCAUCCAAUUACUUCGCCUGUGCCCUGAAAAUGUUUCUGUUAUUUCUCCUAUUUUGUUUAACUAU